CACAAACAGUGGGGACUUUGGUUAUUGGUCUGUCAUAAAUUGUAUAUAAAUCCAGCUCGUGGUAAUUCCUAAUUAGUACUUACUUUAAUCAUGAAAGUGGCAAUCGUUCUGUGUGUCGUUGUAGCCGCGGCUUUAGCUGCCCCCCAAGGAGGAACCGGUGCUCAAAUUUUGAGAUUUGAGAACGAAAACAUCGGCGUCGAUGGAUACAAAUUCGCUUAUGAAACAAGCGACCCGAUUUCCCGGUCGGAGCAAGGGACGUUGAACAACAUCGGCAGCGAUAAGGAGUCCAUCGAGGUCCACGGGGAGUACACCUACAAGCUCCCAGACGGUAAAACCCACACCGUCUCCUUCGUCGCCGACGAAAAUGGUUACAGACCAAAAACCCAAACCAGCUAGACUUUUUUGAAAAAACCGGCCCGAUUUUCGACUUCCUACUAGCCUAGUGUACAGCAGAUUACAAACAUAGCAUUUGUAAAUUUUGUAAAAAAAUUAAUAAAAAUGUACAUACUUGUUAA